CUUGAAGGGACGCGCAUGGCCGACGACGAGACCGACCUGCUCUUCAACGUCGCCCUUGAAAAGGGCGAGAAGGGCUUUGGCAUCUACUUUUUCGGCAACGCGGCCGGUCGUGUCAUUGUUGAGGGCUUUGUCCCGACGCCAGACGGCGGCAGCGGCCCCGCCGAGCUCCUCGGCUGCAUCGAGGCCAACGAUGUGCUCGAGCGCAUCAACGGCGAAGACAUCACGACACUGCAAAUGGCUGCCGUCGUUGACCGCCUUCGCAAUGCGCCGCUCGGUCUCAACGGCCUCACCUUCCGGCGGCGUGUGGCCGACACGAACGCGGCCGCUGGCGACGAGGAGAGCGCGCCGAGCUCGCGGCCGCAAAGGCUACUCGGCGCCCUCAAGGGUGUCUUGCUUGAGAAAGCGCCCGGACCCAAGUCGCCGCAAUGGUGGACUGAGUUCCACCGGCUCAAGGCCGCCAACGUCCUUCGCUGGGAGGCCGCGAGCGUCACCGAGUCGGAUUUUAUUGAAGCCUUGUACGCGGGUAGCGACGACCAGCAAAAGUCCUAUUUGCGCCAAGAGUACCCGACGCUACUGUCGCACCACCAAGACCGCUUUACGGUUUGGCCGCGACCGGCGCAGGUCUGUCCUGUGACGCCGUACUCCGGGCGCUGUGCGGCGACCAGCAUCGCACCGUCGCCGUGUCUCGCGACCUUGGUCGACACGCUGCGCACGUCGCUGGGCUGGACGCGCCACGAGACGUCGGCGUUUCUCGUGUCGCUUCAAGCCACCGCCCACGUGCACUCGGCGGUCGACUACGUGUGUGCCCGCCGCGAAGCGCUCACGCUGCCUCUCUCGGUGGCCUACCCGCGUAUUACCCGCGCGGUCUGGAGCACACUGGACGAGGCGGCGCUGCAGCUCCUCGCCCCCGAUGACGCGAGCUACAUUGCCUCGCUGCCAUCGUACGUAUGCUCUUGA